AUAACUUUAUUCUUCAGAAUGUUGAAUAAACAAAAGAAUGUCCUCUCUGGUUGACGAUUUUGAAUUAUGUCGUUGGUCAUAAUCUUAAUUUCUAUUCUCGUUUCGUAAUGUUUAAUAAAGCAUAUCUUUUGCUGAAUUAACUGAUAUCCUUAGCUAAUAGUUAUUUAAGUGCUUAUUAUCUCUAAAAAAAACAAAAACGAAUCAAUAUGAAAUUUCUUAUUUUCAAUCCUCUUGUUAAAUCAUUAUGUGCUUCUAAAUAUCAGAGACGUGAAACAAUAAGAAUAAUUAGCUUCUGUGCAACAAAAGCUAAUAACUUAAUGACAAAUAAAAAAUCUGAUGCUACGACUAGGUAUUUAUGUGUAGGUGCUUCUCAAUACAAAGAUAUGCCCGAUGGUUCCACAACAAGUUCUGAUGCAAUAGAAGACUGCUCUGAAAUGGUUACAUAUUCUGUCAAAAAUCUAAAAACAGGUGAUAUUGUUGAAGUUAAAGGCAAAAUUGGAGAGACUCUAAUGGAGGCUACAGCAAAUUAUAUACCUGAUGUUCAUGGUGCCUGUGGUGGCUCAAGGGCAUGCACAACAUGUCAUAUGUAUGUGGAUGAUGAAUUGGAAGGUGUACUAGAAGAACCACUUGAUGAGGAACAAGAUAUGCUGGAUAAAGCUGCCUUUUUGAAACCCAACUCCAGAUUAUCUUGUCAAGUAACCAUAACGAAGGAAUUUGAAGGCAAACUCUUUUGUACUCCUAUAGGAACUGUCAACAUGGCAGUUGAUGGUCACAUCCCCGAAAAACAUUGAAUUUCAUGUGAAGCUAAAGGCUGAGUAAUGAUGAAUGUUAUGGUGCUCAACUGUUCCUUGAAAGAAACAUCAUUUUGACCUAAGUCUAUUUAAUCAAAGAUUUGAUGAAGGAACAAAAGAAAUAUAAGCUCUGAGUUUGUUCCACUUGUACAGAUACAAUCACUUGCACUGUUGAAAUUUAAAAAAUGUAAGCGUAAAAAUUUGAGUGGUUUUCAAUCAAUAUAAUCCCUCAAAAAGUGUUACUAGUUUGUGAGAUUUCUCAUAAUUUGUCAUAUGUUUCAAGUAAAACACUUUGCCAUGCUGUCUUAACUCUGUCCUUUAUUUACUUUUCAGUUAUUGUAACUGUUUUGUAUCAUGUAAAAUACAAUUGUUAAACUGUUUUGCACUUUUAAAACAUUUAAUUCCAUCCUAUACUAUUACACAAAAAAAUUUCUAUAUGAAAGAAAUUAUGUAAUUUUCCAAAGUUAUUUUAACCUAAUUACUCAUUUUUAAUUGCAAAUCUGUGGCUUAUAGUUUUAAUUUUCUUUUUGGUGUAAGUGUAAAGAAAGUUUGUUUCAGUAUGUUCUCUUCAAGUUUAGUUUAAUUUUGUGUGGUUAAUUUUACUUUAUUAUACCAUUUCAUAAAUUUAAGAAAAUAUGAAAAACUUGAUUCUGGAAAUUUUAGCAUGAAAGUCUGAAAAAGUUACGAAAAUUUCAGCCAGGAAUUUUCUUGGUACCCGAAGGGGCUCCUUAAACAUAUGUCACUCACUUACUAGGAGGUGGAGAAUUAUUCAUCAUUUAUCAUUCCAUAUUGGUAAUGAAGUUAUUGUUUAAACUGCAAAAAAGGUACAUGCUAUCUUCUAUGAAUUAAUUAGUUUUAAAAAAUAAUACAUAGGGCAAAAUUAGGAUUAAUUUUUUGCUACUGGGCAGUAACCAGUAUAGUAUUUUUUGUUGUGGUCUCUUUUUAAAACUUGUGGCUAUUUUUUCAAAAAUUAAAAAUUUUAAAACAGAUCGAUAUGCAAUUUCGUGAUGUAAUGUAUUUUUGUGAAUCAUUUCUCAAAAUGUAAACAUCUUGAAUUAAGAAAAGUUUUAAGAAAGAAAUGUGAAAUAAAGCUUUUUUCAAAAUAUUCCAUAACAUUCAUAAUAAUUCCAUAUUAAUAAAAAAAUACUAAAAUGCACGUGGGGUGCAUUCUCCUUGACAAAGUGGCAAACAGGUGGCAAAUGGUAAACAACUUUUUAAAUUGCUUUUUCUUUAUCGAUAAUUUUACUGAUUCCCUUUUUUGUGACAAAUGUUAAUCUCCAGACGUAAGUUAACAUUUCCUGAGUUAAACAUUGGUAGUUAUAAACUCUAAAACUUGGGUCAAAUGUUCAAUUACAGUAAUAAAAUUAAACCCCCUGAGAAAAGAUUUGAGUUAAAUGUGGGUAAUAAGAUGACAUGUCACAUUUUGUAUUUUUGCAUCACAUAUUUUAUAUAUAUAAUUAGUGCUUACAGUAAUUUGAAUUGCAUUUCAAAGUAUUCAGAGUGCAAAAGGUUAAAGCUUAAAUACACAUGGAAGACGUUUUCUUUUGUUGAAAAAUAUUUAUUUUUCUAUAGUCCCACUGCUAAUAAUUCAGUUUUUUUUUUAAAUCCCAAAAUGAGCCUAUAUUAAUGUAUGUUUAAAUGAAGAAAAACAGGUUAUACUUUAUUAUGACCAUUUUUGGAAUGUAUCUUAUAACAUCAUAUUGUUAAGAUGUGUAUGAAGUUUUUCAAAUUAUGAGUUCCUAAUGUUUGUAUUAUUUUUGUACACUUACAAAAUUGUAAGUUCAGAUAAAAACAUCAAUUUUUGUUUGGAUAGCAAGGAUCAUGAUUGUGACUAUUGAGUGUAUAUAAAUAUAUAUAAAAAAGUAAUAGGUAAUAUCGGGACAGAAAUAUUGUUUUAGUAUAUAACUGCUAGUUCCUAUUUUAAAAUUAUUGUUCUUAAGUUUUUGUUUUUUAAUUAGUGUGUAUUGAAUUUAAAGUUUGAAAUGAUAUAUGUGAAAACUUAAAAUAAUUAAAAGUUAAGCUGACAUGUAAAGUUCCUUUGUAUACAAAAAUAAAAUUUUUCUUUAUCAAAUAGAUUAUGAAAAAAUCGUUUAUUUUUAUUGUAUUUGCCAUUCUAGUUCUUUAUUUGUUAGUAAAUUUCUAGAUUGUAAAAAUUACUUAAUUAAAAUCAUUUACAAUAAGAGCUAAUAAUUUGUUUCUUUUUAAUCAUGCAAUCAAUUUAGUAAUUUUAGAAA